AUGAUUUAUACAAAAUUAUUACCAACAUUUCCUCGUUAUUCUGUUGCUUUAAAGACUAAUAAUCAAUCUGCUUUUGAUAGGAACAAAAUACAUUCCAUACUUUCACGAAGAUCAAGCGGUAAUUCGAAAGUUACAGGAAGUAUAAUUGGUAUAGAUUUAGGGACAACUAAUAGUUGUGUGGCAGUUAUGGAGGGGAAAACCCCGCGUGUGAUUGAAAAUAGCGAAGGUGGUCGGACAACUCCUUCAGUUGUUGCUUUUUCAAAGAAUGGUGAAUUAUUGGUUGGAUUGCCUGCAAAACGUCAGGCUGUUGUUAAUCCCGAGAACACGUUUUUUGCUACGAAACGAUUAAUCGGUCGUCGAUUUAAAGAUAAUGUAGUUCAACAAGACAUCAGUAAUGUUCCAUAUAAAAUUAUUGGACACACUAAUGGUGAUGCAUGGUUGGAGUCAAGAGGCAAAAAAUAUAGUCCUGCACAAAUUGGUGCUUUCGUUGUUGGAAAAAUGAAAGAUACAGCUGUAAUUACUGUACCAGCCUAUUUCGAUGAACCACAACGCCAAGCAACAAAAGAUGCAGGUCAAAUAGCUGGACUUGAAGUAAAAAGAGUGAUUAAUGAACCAACAGCUGCUGCGCUCGCUUACGGCCUUGAAAAAUCGGAAGAUAAAUUAAUCGCCGUUUACGAUUUAGGUGGUGGUACUUUUGAUAUAAGUAUUUUGGAAAUUCAAAAGGGUGUUUUUGAAGUUAAAUCAACAAAUGGAAAUACUCAUUUGGGUGGCGAGGAUUUUGAUAAUAAACUUGUUAAAUAUUUGACCGAGAUCAAUUUACCAUUUAUUACAGCUGAUAAUUCAGGACCUAAACAUAUCAAUUUCACAUUGUCACGUGCAACUUUUGAAUCAUUGACAGAUGAUUUAAUUCAAAAAACUAUUACACCAUGUAAACAGGCAAUGAAAGAUGCCAAUGUUGAUAAAAAAGAUAUCAGGGAAAUAAUUUUAGUUGGUGGUAUGACCAGAGUGCCCAAGGUAUUCGAGUCUGUCAAAUCAAUAUUCAAUCGUGAACCAACAAAAAGUGUUAAUCCAGAUGAAGCAGUUGCUAUUGGUGCUGCAAUUCAAGGUGGUGUAUUGGCUGGUGAAGUGUCUGAUUUAUUAUUAUUAGACGUAACACCAUUGUCACUUGGUAUCGAGACAUUGGGUGGUGUAUUUGCACGUCUUAUAAACAAAAAUACAACUAUUCCCACAAAGAAAUCGCAAGUUUUUUCAACAGCUGUUGAUGGACAAACUAAAGUUGAAAUCAAAGUUUAUCAAGGUGAAAGAGAACUUGUUCGUGAUAAUAAAUUCCUUGGUAAUUUCCAAUUGGAUGGAAUUCCACCCGCUCCAAAAGGUGUUCCACAAGUUGAGGUUACCUUUAAUAUUGAUGCUGAUGGAAUAGUAAAUGUGUCAGCACAAGAUAAAGCUACUUCAAAAGAUCAAUCAAUAACGAUUGCUGCAUCAUCUGGAUUAAGUAAACAAGAAAUUGAAAAGAUGAUACACGAAGCUGAAUCACAUGCUGAUGCAGAUCGAUUGAGGAAGGAAAUAGUUGAGGCAACAAAUCAUGCAGAUUCAGUUAUAUAUGAAACUGAAAAAGCAAUGACCGAAUAUCACGAUCGACUCAAUCAAUCAGAAGUUGAUAGUGUUAAAUCUUUAAUUCAGGAGUUACGUGAUAUGGUCGCUAGUUCGCAACACAGUGUUCAAGAUGAAUCUGAUUUGUCAUCAUCGGCAGGUAAAGCUGAAGAUAUUAGAUUGAAAGCUGCCGAUUUACAAAAAGCCAGUUUGAAAUUGUUUGAAGCAAUUGAAGGAGGACAAUCUAGUGAAAGUGGUGGUGAGUCAGAAGGUGAAUAUCGAGAUGUUAAAGAUGACAAAGACAAAUAA